AUGGAGGAAAGAAACCCGUCUCUGCCGCAUGUACUGGCCCUCAGGAGCCAGCAGUCUCUUGGUGACGCAUGUGGUGCGAGCCUUGCCAAAGGGGGACGCAUUGUUGGAGGACGGAAUGCCACUGAAGGGGAAUUUCCCUGGCAGGUGUCUAUCCAGACCAAGAACUCCAAGUUUCAUUUUUGUGGAGGAUCCAUCAUCGAACCGGACUUCGUUGUGACCGCUGCGCAUUGUGUAAACGGGACCGAUCCAGCGGAUAUAGUAGUCCGAGCUGGACUCUUGGACCUCAAUAACCCGCCCAGCUACAGUCAACUGCGCGAUGUGCAAAAAAUUGCCGUUCACGAGUCGUAUGCAGACCUGGCCAACGAUAUAGCUCUUCUCAAGUUAGCUACCCCUUUUGACUUUGCCGAGAGCCAGGGGCGCAUCGGUGCUGUCUGUCUUCCCGCCAAGGAUCGCCCGUUGAAGAACAACGUUGAAGUCACCGGCUGGGGAACCACAUCAUCCGGCGGGCCUAGUUCUUCGCAUCUGCUCGCUGUAUCAGUUCCGGUAAGAUCAUCGUUCAUCUGUACCUUUGGAACUAUGGGCAAUUAUGAUUCCAAGACCAUGUUCUGCGCCGGAAGCCCCGGGAAGGACUCGUGCCAGGGUGACUCCGGCGGUCCAGCCGUGCAGAAGGAAAGCGGUUCAUCCAUCCUCGUCGGUGUGGUCUCGUUCGGCCUAGGCUGUGCCGUUACUCCAGGAGUCUACACCAGGGUGCCGGCCUACACUCUCUGGAUUCCAGAAAACAUCGCCAAGCUACAGUCGUGAAAGCAAACUCUGUCUCUAGAAAAGAGCAAUACAUAUUCCUAAAUACAUGCUUGAAAAUAAAUCGCUAAAAAGUGCAAAA